GGAGGCGGAGCCUGCGCUCUGACGACUAAUCUGGAGGCCGGAAGUUGCCUCGGUCUUCUGAGGAACAGGGCAAACUCUUGACUUCCGGUGGCGUUUUGAGGCCUGACAGUGUUUUCCUUGUCUUUUCUUACUCCCCAGUGUCUUUCUUUCUUUCUUUUUUUUCCCUACGUCCCAGGCUGGCUCGACCCUGGCGAAGCGGCGAGCGGGCUCUGCUUCCUAGCCGUCCCGGAGUCCCUCGCUAGCCGAGGGCCUGUUCCCGGGGGCCGCGCGCGCACCUCCCUCUCGCCGUCGUCUCCCCGGGGCCGGGCGCGGGGACAGAGUCUCCUCCCCCGUUCCUCGGAGCUGAGGCGGCCGUGCCACCUCCGAACUGCGCUUGCGAAAGAAGCUCGGGGAGGAGUUUGCCUCUCUCUUUUUUGGUUAAAGUAGUACAAAAUGUCAAAAAUUAGAAGGAAGGUCACUGUGGAAAAUACCAAGACCAUAUCUGAUAGCACAUCCCGAAGACCCAGUGUAUUUGAAAGGCUUGGACCCAGCACUGGCAGUACAGCGGAGACACAGUGCCGUAACUGGCUGAAGACUGGCAACUGCCUCUAUGGAAACACAUGUAGAUUCGUACAUGGCCCUUCACCCCGUGGUAAAGGUUAUAGCAGCAAUUAUAGAAGGUCACCAGAAAGACCUACAGGGGAUCUUAGAGAAAGAAUGAAGAACAAGCGCCAAGAUGUGGACUCUGAGUCCCAGAAACGAAAUACAGAGGAGUCAUCCUCACCUGUUAGGAAAGAAUCUUCAAGAGGGAGACAUAGGGAAAAGGAAGACAUAAAAAUCACUAAGGAGAGAACUCCAGAAAGUGAAGAAGAAAAUGUAGAAUGGGAAACUAAUAGAGAUGAUUCUGACAACGGAGAUAUUAAUUAUGAUUAUGUUCAUGAGUUGUCAUUGGAAAUGAAGCGUCAAAAGAUACAGAGGGAAUUAAUGAAGCUGGAACAAGAAAACAUGGAGAAAAGAGAAGAAAUUAUUAUUAAAAAGGAGGUUUCACCAGAAGUGGUUAGAUCAAAGUUGUCUCCAUCACCUUCUCUAAGAAAGUCUAGCAAAUCUCCAAAGAGAAAAUCAAGCCCUAAGUCAUCAUCUUCAACUAGCAAGAAAGACAGGAAGACAACUGCAGUUUCCUCUCCAUUGUUGGACCAGCAGAGGAAUUCAAAAAGCAACCAAAGUAAGAAGAAAGGACCUCGAACUCCUAGCCCUCCCCCUCCUAUACAGGAAGAUAUUGCUCUGGGGAAAAAAUACAAAGAAAAAUAUAAAUUGAAAGACAGGAUAGAGGAAAAACCAAGAGAUGGAAAGGACAGAGGACGAGAUUUUGAAAGACAAAGAGAAAAAAGAGACAAGCCGAGAUCCACUUCCCCAGCAGGACAACAUCAUUCUCCAAUAUCUUCUAGACAUCACUCAUCUUCCUCACAGUCAGGAUCGUCGAUUCAAAGACAUUCUCCUUCUCCUCGCCGAAAAAGAACUCCUUCACCAUCUUAUCAGAGGACAAUAACUCCACCUUUACGCCGCUCUGCUUCUCCCUAUCCUUCACAUUCUCUGGCUUCUCCUCAGAGAAAGCAAAGCCCUCCAAGACAUCGCUCUCCAGUGAGAGAGAAGGGGAGGCACGAUCAUGAGCGAGCUUCACAGUCUCACGAUCGGCGUCAUGAAAGGAGGGAAGAGACUAGAGGUAAAAGGGACAGAGAAAAGGACACAAGAGAAGAACGAGAGUAUGAACAGGAUCAGAGCUCUUCUCGAGACCACAGGGAUGACCGAGAACCUCGAGAUGGGCGGGAUCGGAGAGAUGCCAGAGAUACUAGAGACCGAAGGGAACUAAGAGACUCUAGAGAUGUUCGGGACUCCAGAGAGAUGAGAGAUUACAGCAGAGAUAACAAAGAGAGCCGUGACCCCAGGGAUUCUCGGUCUACUCGUGAUGCCCAUGACUACAGGGACCGUGAAAGUCGAGAUGCUCAUCGAAAGGAGGACGCGUAUCAGGAAGAAUCCCGAAGUUAUGGCAGAAACCAUCUGAGAGAAGAAAGUUCUCGCACUGAAAUAAGGAAUGACUCCAGAAAUGAGUCUCGAAGUGAGAUUAGGAAUGACCGGAUGGGCAGAAGUAGAGGAAGAGCUCCAGAGAUGCCUGAAAAGGGAAGUCGAGGCACAAGAGGUUCUCAGAUUGAUAGUCACGGUAGUAGUAGCAACUAUCAUGACAGCUGGGAGACACGAAGCAGCUAUCCUGAAAGAGACAGAUACCCUGAGAGAGACAACAGAGAGCAAGCAAGAGAUUCUUCAUUUGAGAGAAGACACGGGGAGAGAGACCGUCGCGACAACAGAGAGAGAGCUCCUAUGUUCUACACCUCCUGCUGCCCCUAUCCUUUGCCACCAGUGUUCUCAGGCCCUGCUGGGGGGACAGAGAAGAUCAGAGAUCAAAGACCAAGCUCACCAAUUCGACAUCAGGGAAGGAAUGACGAGCUUGAGCGUGAUGAACGAAGAGAGGAACGAAGAGUAGACAGAACGGAUGAUAGAAGAGACGAAAGGGCUAGGGAGAGAGACAGGGAGCGGGAGCGCGAGCGGGAGAGGGAGCGCGAGCGGGAGAGGGACCGGGAAAGAGAGAAAGAGAGAGAACUGGAAAGAGAGCGGGCGGCGCGGGAGCGCGAGCGCGAGAGAGAAAGAGAGAAGGAGAGAGACCGGGAGCGAGAGCGUGACCGGGAGCACGACAGAGAGAGGGAGAGAGAGAGGGAGCGCGAGCGGGAGAAAGAGCGGGAGCGGGAGCGCGAAGAAAGGGAGCGCGAGCGCGAGCGGGAGAGGGAGCGCGAACGUGAGCGCGAGAGGGAGAGAGCGAGGGAGAGGGAGCGCGAGCGCGAGCGCCAGAGGGAGUGGGAAGACAAGGAGAAAGCUCGCGAGGACCGCAGGGAAAAGCGGGAAGAUCUGCGAGAAGACCGGAACCCCAGAGAAGGCCACGAGGAGAGAAAGUCCAAGAAGCGCUAUAGAAAUGAAGGGAGUCCUAGCCCUCGUCAGUCACCUAAGCGCCGGCGAGAGCAUUCUCCUGACAGUGACGCCUACAACAGUGGAGAUGAUAAAAAUGAAAAACACAGGCUCUUGAGCCAGGUUGUUCGACCUCAAGAAUCACGUUCUCUUAGUCCAUCACACCUUACAGAAGACAGGCAGGGUAGAUGGAGAGAAGACGAUCGUAAACCAGAAAGAAAAGAAAGUUCAAGGCGCUAUGAAGAGCAGGAUUUCAAAGAGAAAGUUUCUUCUGUAGAUAAGCAGAGAGAACAGACAGAAAUCACAGAAAGCUCCAGAACUCGUUCACAAGACCUGACAGGACACCACCCAUCCGAAGAUCGAGACACCUCUGAUGGAGCUUAUGAGGAGAGCAAGAGAAAAGCAAAGAUUCAAAAGAAACCUAUUAAGAGAAAGAAGGAUGAUGAUGUUGGAAUGGGGAGGGGUAACACAGAGAUAGCAUCUGAAGAUGGUCAAGUAUUUUCACCAAAAAAAGGACAGAAGAAGAAAAGUGUUGAAAAGAAGCGUAAGCGGUCCAGAGGUGAUUCUGACAUCUCUGAUGAAGAAACGGUGCAGCAGAGUAAGAAGAAAAGAGGCCCGAGGACUCCGCCUAUCACAGCCAAAGAGGAGCCGGCUGACAUGCCCAGUGAUAAGGAUGGCGCUCUGGAGGACCCUCAGAAGAAAGAGGAUACAGCGUUCAGUGACUGGUCUGAUGAGGACGUGCCUGACCGCACGGACCUGACGGAGCCAGAGCACGCCGCCACUGCCGCCACCCCUGGAAGGACCCCUUCGCCGUCUUCUCUCCCUCCUCCACCGCCUCCUUUGGCUGCUACUGCGGCCACCCCUGCCACGGCCUUCAGCACAUCGACCACCACCAUUUCCACCUCCACCCUCCCCACCACCAAUACAUCUUUUACCAGUGAAGACUCCCAUAGGAAGUGCCACAGAACACGGGCGGAAAAGGUAGAGGCGCCUCAUGUUACUAUAGAAGACACACCACAUCGCAAGCCAGUGGAUCAGAAGCGGAGCAGCAGCCUCGGCAGCAACCGGAGCAAUCGCAGUCACACGUCUGGCCGUCUCCGCUCCCCAUCCAACGACUCUGCUCAUCGAAGUGGGGAUGACCAGAACGGUCGAAAGAGAGUGCUGCAUAGCGGCUCAAGAGACAGAGAAAAAACUAAAAGUCUGGAAAUCACAGGAGAGAGAAAAUCCAGAAUUGAUCAGCUAAAGCGUGGAGAACCUAGUCGAAGUACUUCCUCAGAUCGCCAGGAUUCAAGAAGCCAUAGUUCCAGAAGAAGUUCUCCUGAGUCAGAUCGACAGGUCCAUUCAAGAUCAGGGUCGUUUGACAGCAGAGAGAGGCUUCAAGAGCGCGACCGUUAUGAGCACGAGAGAGAGCGGGAGCGAGAAAGGAGGGACGUCCGGCAGAGAGACUGGGAGCGGGAUGCCGAUAAAGAUUGGCCCCGGAAUAGGGACCGGGAUCGACUGCGGGAACGGGAGAGGGAACGGGACAAAAGGAGAGACUUAGACAGGGAGAGGGAGAGACUACUCUCUGAUGCCCUGGAAAGGGACCGGGAGAGGGACAGGGACAGAACGUUUGAGGGUUCUCAAGUAGAGUCUGUGAAACGCAGUGAAGUCAAACUGGAGAGUGAGCAUGACAGAGACCUAGAAGGCAGUUCCCGAGAGUCUGGAGCUUUGGAUAAAGAAAGGCUGGAUAAAGAUCUGGGAUCUGUGCAGGGAUUUGAAGAUACAAGUAGAGCUGAGAGGACUGAGAGUGUGGAAGCAGGAGACGAUGAAUCCAAGCUAGAUGAUGUGCAUUCAUUGGGAUCUGGUGCUGGAGAAGGAUACGAGCCAAUUAGUGAUGAUGAACUAGAUGAAAUUCUGGCAGGUGAUGCUGAAAAGCGGGAGGACCAACAGGAUGAGGAGAAGAUGCCAGAUCCGCUAGAUGUGAUAGACGUGGAUUGGUCUGGUCUUAUGCCAAAGCAUCCAAAAGAGCCACGAGAGCCUGGGGCCGCGCUCUUAAAAUUCACACCUGGAGCUGUUAUGCUGCGAGUUGGCAUUUCUAAAAAGUUGGCUGGUCCUGAGCUCUUUACGAAAGUCAAGGAAACAUGUCAGAGACUUUUAGAAAAGCCCAAAGAUACAGACAGUCUCUUUGAACAUGAACUCGGGGCUCUCAACAUGGCUGCAUUACUACGAAAAGAGGAAAGAGCGAAUCUGCUUAGUAAUCUCGGACCAUGUUGUAAAGCGUUAUGCUUCAGACGGGAUUCUGCAAUCCGAAAGCAGCUUGUUAAAAAUGAGAAGGGCACCGUAAAACAAGCUUAUACAAAUGCUCCAAUGGUAGACAAUGAACUGUUACGACUGAGUCUUCGAUUAUUUAAGCGAAAGACAAUGUGCCAAGCCCCGGGACCUGAAAAGACUGAAGAUAAUAAACUUUCACAGUCCAGUAUUCAACAGGAACUCUGUGUGUCUUAAGACUGAAGUCCAGGUACAUUUUUGGUACUAUUUUCCUUCAGCAGUGCGUAUUCUUUUCCAAAGUUCUUUGGUUUGACAAGCAUUAUUAGUGACAAAGACAGAAAAGACUGACCAGCCAUGCUAAAAUAGUGAUGAACUUUUUUAAUAAAGUUUAAAGACACUAGUUUGGCGAGCUUAUGAUUUUACAUAAAUUUUUACACUGUCCAAAAUAAUGUGAGGGCAUCUAGAUUGAGUUGUAAUUUAUUCUGUACCUUUUGGUAAAACUGAAGCUUUUGAAAACGGUCGUCCUUACGCUUCUAACCUACACAGAUUUUUUUAUGAAAUGGAGCCAGAGCCACUGACUUAUGUACUGGAUCAUCCUUACAGAAACUGCGAUUUUCUCCAGAAACAGUGUGUUCACUGAAUACACACACACACACCAUGCACCACCGUGAUGCACAGGACACAGAGGGGUGCUGCUGUGUGUAGGCUGGCCUCCCGCAGGAGCAAGCCACAAUCCUGUUUUCUGAAAUUCUAAGCAGAACUACUUACUGACUCUUCAGUUUUUUAAAAUAUAUGUGCAUUGUUACAAUGUAUAUUGGAUAUAUUUCAAUUCUCAAUGGCUUUGUUUGUUAUCAGAGAUUGUCAACUUUUUAUUUUUAAUAAAUGUACCUUCCCUUUC